UGGAGAAGGUAGAAUAUCUUUCAAACUGUGAAAGCACGCUUGGAUUUGUAGAUCUAAGGCAAAAAACUUUGCUAGAUAUCUUAAUUUUUCGACGCGAUGCCGCUCCCUGCAGCCCUAGCUGCUAGGCUGAAGAAAAGAGGGAUCAUUCAGAAAGAAGAAACCGAACCAGAUAAAGUUGAGGAGGUAUUUGCUGAAGAUUAUGAUGAACCGUUAAGAUCCCAUGGGGUGCCUACAAUCCCGGUACCAACAUCACACAGUUUGUCAUCCUCUCUGAGAGGAGGUGAAGAUAAUGAAGAGAAACAACUCAUUCAUGAGGUAAUUAACUGCCCAAACAAGACUAACAGGUACCAUGAUUGCUCCCAGUGGUGCAGAAAAACAUGGGGACUGAGGAAGUUCAUUGCUGACAGCUACUCGGAACCAAAGAGAAAGAAGAUGCUUCUCAAGUACCCACUGGCCCCUGGAUGGGAGGAGGUGGCCGAUCCAGACACGGGUAGAUAUUACUACUGGAACACUUUCACAGAAGAAGUGUCAUGGUUACCACCACUCCAUCCCAAAGCUAAGAUUACAGUUUCUGCAGAGAAAUUGGAAGCCAUGCUUAAGUCAGAGACUCCCACAGUAGAGGAGAAGAAAGCUGACAAAGAAAAGGAAGAGUCUGAUUUAAGAUUUGAUGACCUGGAAGAACUUGAGAGUGAAUUCAAGAAAGAAAAUUCCAGGAAGAGACACAGAGAGAGCAGAAGAGAGAGAAAAGGAUUCAGGGAUGAGCUCGACCCCAUGGACCCGGCUGCUUACUCCGACAUUCCAAGGGGUACGUGGUCCAGUGGUCUCGUGGAGCAGAAUGAGGUGAAGACUGGCGUGGACUCUACCGCCUCUGGGCCUCUGUUUCAGCAGAGGCCAUACCCAAGUCCUGGAGAGGUGUUGAGACGGAACAGAGGUGGCAAACCCCCAGACAAGAAAUAACCUGUGAUCACUACCCCACAAAAAACAAAUGAUCAUGUACAUUGAACUCCUCAUACACAUCAGGUUAUGGAAUGAUGUAGAUAAGAACUAAGUAUACAAGUUAGCAUCAAAUAAUAUUCCUUUUAAGUGUGCCAGCAUAAAGAUGCUACAUUUGUGUCUUGAUAUAGGAGUUUGAAGUAAUGCAAUUACUGGGGGUGGAUACCUUUAUGAGAGCAGCAACAUCUAUAUCAUUUGGUUGCUUUUGUGUUGGAAUUCUCAGUGACAUUUGACACUGGAGUGGUAGUAAAUUUUACACUCGACAAUAUUGAAAUCUAUCAGACACCACAUGGACACAUCAUCAAGGCUUUUCCCAGAGAGCCAUCAAGUCCUUAUUUGGACGGCCAUUGGCUUCACAAGACAGCUAACAUUUCCAAAGACAGUUGGGCAGCUUACAAAAUUUUAGGGUUUGGUUGGUUGGGCUUGCUUGGGUUGGAUCCCUUGAAAAUCGAUGACCAAAUUACAAGUUCACAUUUUGGACUCCCUGUACCCCAACUCCUAUGGAAACCAGUGGAGAUUUUAUAUUUGAAAAUGGGACGUUUAUGAGAACAGGCAAUACCCUUGUCCAGCUCUGGUGCAGUAACAUCCAUUUCUUUUUAUGUAUUUCAAAUUUUGUACAUAUUACAGCAGUUAAUAAAAUCAAUUUUGAAUUUA